GUUGCUAUGGUUGUAAACAACACUAAUGGCACUGCUUGUCCUGUGGGAACAACCCUUGAAUGGUCUGCCACAUGUAUCCUGCUCAUAUCUGUACUAGGAAUUGUGUUAAAUACGUUUGUCCUGAUGGUUUACUGCUUACACAAGAAUGCCUUCACCGUGCCCGAGAUCUACUUGAGCAACCUGGCUGCUGCCGACCUGGUUCUGGUGUCCUGUCUGCCCUUCUGGGCUUUGAACGUAAUCAUGAGAUUUGACUUGGCCUUUGGUGAUGCCAUGUGUAAACUGCUCAUCCUGGUCAUCAAUUUGAACGUCUGCUGCAGCAUCUACUUUCUUGUUUUGAUCGUGAUAGAUCGUUAUUUCGCACUGGUGCACCCGCUCUCCAGUGACAGAUUUCGUAGGCCAAAAUAUGCCAAACUGGGCUGUCUGCUGGUUUGGGGUUUUGGCUUUCUCCUGGCUGUUCCCGCACUCAUCUUCAGGGACAUAAAAUAUGACCCACAAAUUAAAGUUACUGUUUGCAAUGUGGAUAACCCUAGCAACGCUGUAUAUGUGUUGUUUAAGGGGAUACUCUUCGUAAGGUUCAUCCUUCCCUUCUGUAUUAUUUCCUACUGCACUUUCAAGAUCAUCAAAGCUUUGAAAAGUCGGGAGAUGCUGGGAUCAAACAAUCGGAAAGCGGAGCACAAGGCGACAACUUUGGUGCUGGUGGUACUCGUGGCGUUCCUGAUCUGUUGGGUGCCAUACCACGUUGUUAAGAUACUGCAAUCGAUAAAAGUAGUUAUUAAACCGGAAGGAUGUUACUUCUCUGCCAUCCUAGAUAUCGCUGGCCAGACCGUCACCGUCUUUGCUCUCUUCAACAGCGUUCUCAACCCCAUCCUCUACAUCAUCGUCGGAAAGAACUUUAGGAAAAAAGUUAAGGAAGUCUUCUCACAAUGUACCAUGACGACAACAUCUUUAAGCGUCUCCCCUGUGAACACCAACACGACGAGAAGUAAUUAA